UUUCCACGUCAGGGAGGAGGAAGAGCGGCUGCUGAAACUUCACUUGUGUCAGUGUGAGCUCACAGUCCUCUGCCCUGUGUAAACCUGCUCUGUCCGGGGAUAAUUCUGCUCUGUCACCGGAUCCCAGAGCUGUGGAAUGAGUUUUAUCAACAACUGGAGACGAAGCUCGAAGAAAAAUGUCAGCAAAAAGGAUGCCAUGCAGGCACAAGACAUACCAGACGGCCCAGACUCCCCAAGCCGGUUGUCAGUCAUAAACAGUCCAGAACUGGAUCCAAUCAUCACAGACUUCAGGUUGGAGCUACCGGGCAACAAUGAUGGUCUGGAAACAACAAAUCCAUCUAAUGGGUGCUCGCGGUCAGACUUGUCUCUGGCUCUGGAGGACUGCAUGACUGCCCUGGAUCUGUUCCUCAGAAAUCACUUUGAAGAAGCGCAGGCCCAGCUCAGAUGCAGAACCAAAGAGAGCAUGUACCACGCUCUGACAUAUGCCACCAUCCUGGAGAUGCAGGCCAUGAUGACCUUUGACCCCCAACACAUCCUGGCUGCAGGAAACACCAUGAAGGAGGCGCAGGCUAUAUGUCAGCGGCAACGCAAGAAGUCGAGUUUCUCCAAAGGCUUCACAGAAGAGGAACUCCACGCAGAGGUUUGCUACGCAGAAUGUCUCCUACAGAGGGCAGCACUCACCUUCCUUCAGGAUGAAAACAUGAUCAGUUUCAUCAAAGGGGGAAUCAAAGUGAGGAACAGCUACCAGACAUACAAAGAGCUUCACACAGUCCUCCAGUCCUCUGGAUACACUCAUGGUGACAACCAUGGUCAUUUUGAGGGUGGCGUUAAACUGGGAGUAGGAGCCUUUAAUCUAAUGAUUUCCAUGUUGCCCACGCGGACACUCAAGCUGCUGGAGUUUGUUGGUUUCUCUGGUAACAAGGAGUUUGGUCUUCAGCAGCUUCUGGAGGGCUCUGUAGAAAGCACAUUCAGGUCCUUCCUAUGUAACAUGUUGCUGCUUUGUUAUCACACCUUCAUGAGUUUCAUAUUAGGAACUGGAGAAGGCGACGUUGAAGAUGCAGAGAAACUGCUGCAGCCAUAUCUCAAAAAAUAUCCCAAGGGAUCCAUCUUCCUGUUCUUCGCUGGUCGAAUAGAAGAGAUCAAAGGAAACCUGGAUGCUGCUAUCACUCGCUUUGAAGAGUGCUGUGAGGCUCAACAGCAGUGGAAGCAGUUUCACCACAUGUGUUACUGGGAGCUGAUGUGGUGCUUCACAUACAAGAGGCACUGGAAGAUGGCCUACUUCUACGCUGACCUGCUCUGCAAGGAGAACUCCUGGUCCAAGGCUACCUAUGCGUAUAUGAAAGCAGCCUACCUCAGCAUGCUGACUCCGGAUGAUUGCUUAACCUUCGGGGAAACUGCGUUCACUCUGUUCAGGCAGGUCCCAGGGCUGAAGCAGAAAAUCGCAGGAAAAUCUUUACCAACAGAGAAGUUUGCGAUCAGAAAAGCCCGUCGCUACCUUGCGGAAAGUCCCAUUCCUCUUCCUGCUCCUCCACUGGAGAUGAUGUACAUCUGGAAUGGCUACACAGUCAUUGGCAAACACAAAGACCUGACUGAAGGAAUGCUGAAAACACUGGAUGAGGCACAGACUAAACUCGAGAGCAGUCCAAGGAAUGAGUUCUCCAUAGAUGAUCAGUGUCUGCUGAGCCUCUUGAAGGGACUAUGUCUCAAACACCUGGGGCAUCAAGAGGAGGCUGAACACUACUUUACCCUCGUCCUCUGCAAUGAGACCCAGAUCAAGUAUGACCACUACCUGGUUCCUAAUGCCUUGCUGGAGCAUGGACUGCUGUGUCUGGAGCAAGGCAGAAAAGAUGAAGCUAUCAAGCUCCUAGAAACGGCAAAGCAAAAUUACAAAAACUACUCGAUGGAAUCACGGACACACUUCCGUAUUCAGGCUGCUCUACACAAGGCCAAGGGCACAGGGGAGAAUGGCACCCAUGUUCCCUCCAGCCCGUAACAGACAGAGGAGGGCACACUAGAGCUGAGACAGCUUACUGUUUCUGCAGUCCAUUAUGCAACACAUUCAGCCCAGCCCAGCUCCGCCCAGUGGGGCACAUGAUUUUUUUUUUUUUUUUUUUUUUUAAACAUCAGGAGGUUAGGAGAGAUGGAUUCUUGUUUUUCUCAUGUAUGCCACUUUUGUGGGCAACUGCAGCUCUAUGUGGCCCUGACUGUCUCAGACAGGUUUGCUACGUCCUCUUCCAGAGCUAUAUUAUGAUGAACUUGACUUCCUCAUGUGAUUUAAAAUAGAGACGAGUUGAGAAAUGUGCCUAUAUUUAUGAAACAUCGCUUCUAGCAGGCUUGUUUGUCUAGCACUGUGGCCACCCAUAAGAGGCUCACUAGGGUAGAAAACAAAGUCACGUUUGUGUAAUAUAUACUUCAGAUUACCUCCACUACUACCCCAGGAUAGACAUGUGCCCAGUUCAGGGUAGUAGGGUUGCAUCUGAUUGAGCCAGAGUUGCCCCUCAUACAAUUACUAACACUCACUCCAGCUGACUAGCAGCACCUGAGUACUCCAAAGCUCUCCCACAUCUUUUAAUUUAAUGUAAAUGAGAUAAAAUUACUUCAGUGAUGAUAACACAUAAUCAUGUGUUGACAUAGUUUAUCAGGUAAACUAUAUGAUAUCAUACAAUUCACGGCAUAGUUUAUCAGGACUUUUUGUACUGUGUCAUGUGAUAUAUUUUGGUUGACAGGUUUUACCUAUGUUUAGAUUUGUGAUCAAAACCGAUAUCACCAAAUAAGAUAUAAAUUAUUCAUAUUAUUCAUACUUUUACACUACAUAGGCUUUGGUUCAUUGUGUUUCUCAGAGUGAGUGAACAUUUUCUUGUUUAUUUUAAAGUUCCUUCCUUUCCUUGUAACCUGUUGAAACACUGACACAAAUGUAUUCAUGUGGAACUCUUUUUUUUUCAGUCUCCUCCUGAAGAAAUGAUCAAAUCGCCAACCCUGUUGUAUUUACAGUUAUGUGUAAUGGCUUUUGCACAGAGCUAUGUAAAUCAGCCAGCAAUGCAAACUCUCCAGAGUCAAAAAAAAAAUCAGAUGUGCAGUGAGAGUUGUUCUUUACAUUUAUAUACUGUAAAUGGCACCUUUUACACAAAUUGUCCCGUUUUAAGAGGACAGAUGAAUGUGUCUUUUAGAAAGGCAGACUCCCUCCUUUUCUCCUCCUGGUGUGUGGGAUAGACUCCAGCAGUACUUGAGCUUGAACAAACAGGCCAUUCACGCCGAGCAGCGAAGGACUGCGUGCUUGUCCGCCUGUUGCAUCUUUAGUGAGUGAAGAAGCUCUGAACCACCACAGAAUUCCUGCUUUGUGAACAUCCUCUGCUGCUCUUGUAUAAGCCAUUAUUGACCUAUAGAAGGACUUGAACAUCAUAACCACGAUCCUGUGUCAAAUAAUAAUCUGUAUAUGAACAAAUGCUUGUAAUGAAAUGAUAAAACAGAAAGGGGUCACCUCUAAUUGUGUUGGUAGUGAGGUUAUUUGAAGGCUGUGUCCCAGCAACAGAGUGUCCAAAACCUAGAAACUCAGGUGGUGUCUCAAGUGUUGGAAUUAGAGCACUGCUGAUUUAUUCAUGAUUAGAGUAAGGAUUGGGAUUCAAGAUGACGGCUAGGAGUCAGUUUCAAUGUUUUUUAAUGGUGGUGGAAAUGUACAUUCAAUAUUGUUUUAAAAGCCGUCGUUAGUUGCAAUAGGCCUAUUCCAGUAACAAAUCAUAUUUUAUUUUCUAAUAAUGAAUUAAGCUUAUUUUUCUUUUUUUUAUUUGCUUUGGUUUCUCAGAUAUACCUGGAAGAAAAAAAGAAUCUAGUGGCAUUGUGAUGUUUACAAUCAGCAAAUUUCACUGGGCACGGCUACCACUCAGCAGAAUGACAUUCCUGUACAUACUGAAUGUUUCUAUUGUAAUUUAAGAUGAAAUGAUGAUACGCAACUAAAAAAACAACAACAAAAAACCUAA